CGCAGAUCCCACGUGUGACGCUAGCGCUCCCGGUUCGGUAAUAUUCCUUGAGCUGGGGCUGCAGUGCCCGUGUGUGUGUGUAUGCGUGUGUUUGGAGUUGGUUGGGCUUUGAGCUAUGGAAGCGGACGCGAGUCAAGUCACCUCUGGAAGCCCGAACGAUUCGCAACACGACCCGGGUAAAAUGUUUAUCGGUGGCCUCAGCUGGCAAACCUCACCAGACAGCCUUAGAGACUAUUUCAGUAAAUAUGGGGAGAUCAGAGAAUGUAUGGUGAUGCGCGACCCCACAACCAAACGCUCCAGAGGCUUUGGCUUCAUCACGUUUGCAGAUGUUUCCAGUGUAGAUAAAGUCUUAGCACAACCACACCACGAAUUAGACUCCAAGACGAUUGAUCCUAAGGUCGCCUUUCCUCGACGCGCUCAACCCAAGAUGGUCACAAGAACAAAGAAGAUAUUUGUGGGUGGAUUAUCAGCGAGCACAGUCGUUGAAGAUGUGAAACAGUAUUUCGAACAGUUCGGAAAGGUAGAGGAUGCCAUGCUAAUGUUUGACAAAACUACAAACAGACAUAGAGGCUUCGGCUUCGUAACGUUCGAGAAUGAAGACAUUGUAGAGAAAGUCUGUGAAAUUCAUUUUCACGAAAUCAAUAAUAAAAUGGUAGAAUGUAAGAAGGCCCAACCAAAGGAGGUGAUGUUUCCUCCGGGCACGAGGGGGAGGGCGAGAAGUCUUCCGUACACCAUGGACGCCUUCAUGCUGGGCAUGGGCAUGUUGAGUUAUCCAAACAUUGUGGCAACAUACGGUCGCGGAUAUACAGGAUUUUCUCCUAGCUACAGUUACCAGUUUCCAGGUUUCCCAGCGACGGCGUACGGACCCGUGGCGGCAGCAGCGGUGGCGGCAGCGCGAGGCUCAGGUAGGGCGACCCGGGGAAGAAGCGGCUACAUGGCGUACCCACAGAACGCAGGGCCAGGGUUCCCCGAUUACGGCUUUUAUUCUGGCCCCGGUGACCAACGGGGCGCUCCCUGCUCCUUUGCCGACUAUGCCACCCUGGGGCCCCAUACGGGUCAGAUGCUGCAAAGCGAGCACGUCACCUCUACCUGCAACUCACCCUCCCAGCACCACCCAAGCCCGGACCACUUUAAGAGCUCAGGUGCUAACCCUGCACGGCCUGGAGGUUUCCCCGGUGCAAACAGUCCUGGACCCGUGGCAGACUUGUACGGCCCCAGCAGUCAGGACACAGCAGUGGGAAAUUACAUCAGUGCUGCCAGCCCCCAGCCGGGCUCCGGGUUCAAUCACAGUAUCGCAGGUCCUUUGAUCGCCACAGCAUUUACAAAUGGAUACCACUGAAAGCUACCGGGAGAUGCGGCACCAUCUCAUUGGAGAGUUCUUCAGGAGGCCCUGGGAAAAUGACCAGAGUCUCUGAUUGGUUUGUGUACAGUUGAUGUCAUAAAGACUUCAAGCACUACAGGUUCUGAUUGGUGAAUGGACAAGGGGGGUGGAACCAAACAAAGAGGACAAGAAAAAAAUACGAUCAUCUCAGAAAACAAACAUCACAACUGCUGUAACCGUAAUCCAACCCUCCUGUCACUGCAGGACUUUUUUAUUUUUUUUCCACACGCUUUUUUUCUUUCUAUGUGCUUUUUAAAUGACUUUGGCUUUUAGAAAAUCAUACUUAGAUGAGUGAAUUAUUCAGUUGCGAUUGUCACCAUUCUGAUUUUAAUUUUUUUUUUUUUUUCCCCUUCGAUUUUGGUGCCGGUUAACUUUUUAAUUUUUGCACAUAUGGACAGACGCCGUGCUGAAAGACGCCAUGCCAUUCAUCUAUUGGAAAAAAGAAAAUCUUAGUAGCUGUUUUUAAUUGUGAAGUCUCAUUGUUGAUCAUAAUGACCUAUUUUUGGGCAAUACAGAGGGAGAGGACUCCAAUAUUUUUAUGGUCCUUUUUAUAUAUAUAUAUAUAUAUCUCUAUAUAUAUAUCUCUAUAUACGUGUUGUUGUUGUGUCAUUUAGAAAAAAGAAGUAUACUGUUUUGUUUUUUCCCCCCCGAUGAAACAUGGUGAUUUCAAAUAUAAAAAAAAAAUGUAAAUGUAAAUAUACUUCACUGCAUAUAAUCAGUUCAAGCAUAUUUUUCUGAUGGUGUUUCAAAAAAAGAAAAAGAAAAAAAAAAUCAGGGUAAUUAAAGUAAUUGAAAGUAUGACGUUGAAAAAAAAAAAAAUCCAGUAAUACAUUAAUUUCUUAAAUUGUUGUAUACACAUAAGCUGAAUCAUUUUACAGGUGUAAUACCAGCAUACUCAUGCACAUGAGCUGAAACUUUCAUCAUUCGCUGUGGAGUUUCGAAAACACCACUCCCGUCCAAAGCACACUGUGUGUAGUGAUCAAUGAAAGGACUUUUUCUUGUGUUCUGCACAUUCUAACACUUUUAUACUCCUGAGAAAAAAAAAGAAACUUACUAUGUUGUCUGUUGUUGUUAAUGUUGUCUAAUAGAGGACGUUCCUCUUGAUUUUGGAACCUGUCGUGGACUGUACGUGAACGAAGCGGUUUAUUUCUCUUUUGGCUGAAGAAGGCAAACAUUUUUAAAGUAUCAUACCUCAGUCCUGUGAGAUUUAAUUUAUUUAGAGGUGAUCAAGUGUACGGAGGACGCUUUGCACUGUGUACAAAAAGAACGACAGUUUUCUCUUUGCACAUGCUAGCUGUCACGAGUGACCUUACAGAGAUUUGAUGUAUGAAAAAUUGUUCAGUGAAUGUUGCUUUUAUUUUUCUGCCGCUGGCGUCCAGAACGCAGGUCGAGAAGAAGCCAAACGAAAAGCAAUCUAUUACUGGUGCGCUCAAGAUUUCAUUUCAAGGACAUAGCGAACCUUUUAUCUGAAAUAUUGACGUAUUUUAAUAUACAACCAGUUGAAGACACUGAAAAAAAAAAAAUUGUUGACCCAAAACCCAGAGCUGCUGAUUUCUUUCUUUCAAGUUGAAAAGCUGUUUUAGGUCAAAUGCAUAAAUAUAUAUAUAUAUAUAAAAUGCAGAUUUUUAAUGUUAAAUGAUCUGAUAUGUAUAUUCUGAUGUAAAUGUGUCUUUUUUCCUGCUGCGGAUGUAAACUGUUUUGUUUGAUGACUUCUGUUUUAUUUGGUGUAGUCUGGUGGCCAGAGGCAAACGCACGAAACGCCAGAGCCUCGAAAAGAUUUACAGAUCCAGUCACGUAAUAAUAUUUAAACAAGCGAAAGGAAUGGAGCGAGGGAGGAAAACUAUUGUAAUGUUCAAAUGUAAAAAAAAAACAAAACAAACAAAAAAAAAAAAACUGUAAAAACAAAACAUUAAAAAUGAAACCAAGAUGUUUGUUCACUGAUUUCAAUUUCAGUUUGUGGUUAUUGACGUUAAUGUCUCAUUCUCUAGAUUCUUUGUUUCUUUUAGAAAUGGAGUGCAGUACUCAUCUCUGAGUACUGAACUACACAAACACUUGGAAUUAGGUACUAAGCCACUCAAGGCUGUGUAUACAGUAAAUGCUAAAGUAAAUGCACGGCAUUCCCAAUAUAUGGGCCAUUCUACAGAAUUGGUGCAAACUGCUGUCCCAUAAUGAAAAAACACAUUUAAAAAGCAUUUAAGAAUUCAAAUAGUAGAUGUUCAUUAAAAUCCUUCUAUUAUCUACUGAAGCCCACCAUAAUGUUUAAAAUAUCAGUAAGCUUAAUAUAUAUAAAAUCAUCAUUACUUUAAAGGUGGCUGUCCCGAACCCUAACACUUAAAUUUAACUUAUAACAUUUUUUUUGCUUUUUAUUGCAUUGUUGUUUUUAAAAAAGAUGUUUAAGGUUAAAAAUAUAUAUAUAGUCAUUUUAUAUUUUCUUUGUGAAACGUCAUGAAUUAAAAACAUACAGUACAGUUAUGCAAUUUUUUUAUAUUUUAGUAUGUUUUAGUAGUGUUUUCAUAUGUGAGCUAAAAUUCUGUAAUGUGAUGUGGUCGCUAGCAAAAUGUUAUUGUCACUACCAAAAUGUCCAGUUACGACAAAAACAUGGGAUGUUAUCGAAAAAUAAAAUAUACUGAAUUAUCAAGCUGGACACUUUACUUCAAGAUGUUUCCAACUCUUGACUUCGCACCAAUUCUGUAGAACGGCCCAUAUACAGUCAGCUAAAAUAAAUGUACACCUAGGGCUGGGCGAUAUGGCCAAAAAAAAAUAUCACAAUAAUUUUUUUUCAUAUCAGUUGAUAUCGAUAAUUAUCACAAUAAAUGUCAAAUCUCUAUUUCUUUCAAGUUUAAAGUCAGAUUUUUGCUCUAAAGUAAAAGUUGUAGAAACCAGACCGUUUAUUUUCUUUAACAAAAUAAAUAUCUAAAUAGAAAAAUUAAUUUCUGCAUGUUCUA